GAAUUUGAAGCUGUUACAAUUGUAGUCACAGUCGCAGCAUUUAGGUUCAGCUGAUCUCACAUUCUUGAACGUAGCUUUUAAAGUUGUUACAUCAAAAGCGCUUCGGGUUACAGCACGCGGACAGGGAGCCCAUGCUUGCGCACGGUGACACAGAGACAGAGCACAAUAUGGCUUCAUGGGAAUAGUAGUCCUCAUUCAAGUCGAAGUGAUGCGACGACUGCCUUGACACACUACAUUACCCAGAAGGCUUGGUGCUCUCAUACGUCAACUGCAAUCACGGUUGUAUCUCCAACAUGGCGUCGCUGGGAAGGAGGCGCGGUGUCCCAGUAAGCAGGGAGAGGGGAGUGAUGGCGGCGACAGACUGCUACAUUGUGCACGAGAUCUACAACGGGGAGAAUGCGCAGGACCAGUUUGAGUACGAGCUGGAGCAGGCGCUGGAGGCCCAGUAUAAAUACAUUGUCAUUGAGCCCACCCGCAUCGGAGAUGAAACGGCCCGUUGGAUUACCGUGGGCAACUGCCUGCACAAGACGGCCGUGUUGUCAGGUGCUGCUUGCCUCCUGACGCCACUUUCACUGCCUGUUGAAUACUCGCGCUAUGUGGCGUUGCCCGCUGGCGCCCUCAGUGUGGCCUGCUCUGCCCUUUAUGGGAUUUCAUGGCAAUUUGAUCCCUGCUGCAAGUACCAGGUGGAAUACGACAGCCAAAAACUCUCGCGGCUGCCCCUGCAUACACUCACCUCCUCGACGCCCGUGGUGUUGGUACGCAGAGAUGACGUCCACAGAAAGAGACUCCAUAAUACGAUAGCACUGGCUGCCCUGGCGUAUUGCGCCAAGAAGAUCUACGAACUCUAUGCGGUAUGAGUGCACUCUGAAGAGGAUUUAAGAACCAACAGAAAAAAAGGAAGAAAAAAAAGAAACAGAACCUAUCCCCCCCCUCCCCCCCGAUGUAAGAAAAGUGGAAGUCACGAUCAGGCCCAGCAGUUAGCUCCUCACAUGGUGGGUGCUUCCAUUUUGAACUAUGAUCAGAGGGAUAUAGUUAAACUAGAAGGAAUUGUUUUUUCUUUUUCUUUACUUCUGUGUGACAACAACAGCACACUUAUCUGUGUAGUACCCUUGCGCCUCCUCCCCUGCACCCUCCACCUGUAUCCUUGACACACAAGCAAGUGCCCAAGGGUAUGGCAGCAGUUCAUCUGGAUUGAAUUGUAUUGCAGUUGAAACGGACCGACAUGUGUUGGGUACCGAGCUCUUUCCCCUUUCCCUCGUAAUUUUACUGUACCCCUCUCUUGCUGAUCAUUACAUCACCCUUUCAUUAAACGUUAGAAUAUUUCAAACUACCUUUUCAGUAUUUUAUUUUACCUUUUUCGUUAAAUGGAUUCUACAUGAUGUCCAGAAAAGAGAAAAUAACUGCAACUUAUUUGAGAUUGUGUCUUGUUCAUGUAGAUAUUUUUGUCUAAAAGAGUGCAAGAAAGAUCUUAUGUGACAA